AGUAGGCAGGGGGAGGUGGGGUUUUGCCGAGGGGACCCGCGGCCAACGCCGGUAGCUCGUGUCAUUCCCGGUCGGGUAAGGCGACAGGAACGGCAGAGACAGGAGGCGGCGGCGGCGGCGGCGGCGGCAAGGGCAGAACAGAAUGGCUGAGCUUGCCAAGAAGUCCCUUAUUUAAGGGCAGCUGUGAAGACAACAAAAUUGUUAACUAUAAUUCUUGUUCUAAUGUGUGAUAAUCUCAAGGUUGUGCCUGUGAAAUGAGACCAUGACAACUGAUGAGGCUGCAAAGAAAGAAGGAGAGGUCCAGGCAGCAACUCUCAUUGAACAAGGCGAGGAUAUCACACCAAACAAAGACCGAGGAGUUCUGAAGAUUGUGAAGAGGCCAGGGAAUAAGGAUGAAUCUCCUAUGAUAGGAGACAAGGUUUAUGUCCACUACAAAGGAAAACUGGCCAGUGGGAAAAAGUUUGAUUCCAGCCGUGACAGGAAUGAGCCAUUUAUCUUCAGCCUGGGCAAAGGCCAGGUCAUCAAGGCAUGGGAUAUUGGCGUUGCCACCAUGAAGAAAGGGGAGAUCUGUCACUUGCUAUGCAAACCAGAAUAUGCAUAUGGUUCUGCUGGCAGUGUCCCAAAGAUCCCAUCAAAUGCAACACUCUUCUUUGAGAUUGAGCUGCUUGAUUUCAAAGGGGAGGAUUUAUUUGAGAAUGGAGGCAUCAUCCGCAGAAUCAAACAGAAAGGUGAAGGAUACUCUAAUCCCAAUGAAGGAGCAGCUGUGCAAAUUCAUCUUAAAGGAUUCUGUGAUGGCAGAAUGUUUGAUUGCAGAGAUGUAGCUUUCACUGUAGGAGAAGGUGAAGACCAUGACAUUCCCAUUGGAAUUGACAAAGCCCUGGAGAAGAUGCAGAGGGGAGAACAAUGUAUUCUGCAUAUUGGAGCACAAUAUGGGUUUGGUGAAGCAGGGAAGCGUAAAUUUGGCAUUGGGCCAAAUGCUGACCUUGUGUAUGAAGUUACACUGAAAAGCUUUGAAAAGGCCAAAGAAUCCUGGGAGAUGGACACCAAAGAGAAACUUGAACAAGCUGCCAUUGUCAAAGAGAAGGGGACUGUAUAUUUCAAGGAAAGCAAGUAUCCACAGGCAGUGAUUCAGUAUGGGAAGAUUGUAUCCUGGUUGGAAAUGGAAUAUGGCUUAUCAGAAAAGGAAUCCAAAUCUUCAGAAUCCUUGUUGCUUGCAGCCUUCCUCAAUCUUGCCAUGUGCUACCUGAAAAUGAGAGAGUAUGCUAAAGUUAUUGAGUACUGCAACAAGGCACUAGCCUUGGACCAGACCAAUGAAAAAGGUUUGUACAGAAGAGGGGAAGCACGACUGCUUAUGAAUGAAUUUGAAUUGGCAAAAUGUGACUUUCAAAGAGUGCUGGAAGUGAAUCCACAAAACAAGGCAGCCAAGUCACAAAUCACCGUGUGCCAGAAGAAAACAAAGGAACACAAUGAGCGUGACCGAAAGAUAUAUGCCAACAUGUUCAAGAAGUUUGCAGAAAGGGAUGCAAAGGAAGAGGCUGGUAAAACCACAGAAGAGAAGGAAGAAAAGACAUCAUCUGAAAUGGGUCUUAAGAAGACAAUGGCUGAAGGCAAAGAAUCAGAGGGUCACGUAUGACUCACAGCAAAAAGGCAGUCCUCCUGAAUUCAGCCUUUGCUUGAAAAGGUUUCUGAAGAACUCAGAAUUCAGCAGUGUUCAUUGUAAAGCUUGUUGCAGUAGGCAUUAUUGUGAGAGCAAAAAGCCUAUCCAGCAGCUUCACAAGAAACUAUAAAAUCAUUGCCACUGCAGUGAGCAUGCUCAGCAGUGAAAUAUGAGCAGAAGGACAGUAUGGGACCACCCCAAGUGGAACAAAUGGUUAAAAAAAUACACAAUGGUUCUUGACUAUAGAAGAUUUUUAAUGAGAUGGCUCAAAUAGAAUUCAUUUCAGUUUGCAUCAAUUUAAAGGGUUCUUUAAAAUGAGUUAGCAUAUAGGAGCUGUCAGCUGUAAAGUUUUGGCAUUGCAUUUGAUUGUACUGUAGUAGCACCACAUGGGCUGUAUGUUGUCUGUAUUUUUAAAAAAGAAAAGGAGAAAAAAAGAAGAUGACUCAAGUGCUACCACCUCAAGGCAUCACUCUAGCACUACUUAGAAGCAAGUGAAAAGCAGUUUUAUGGAACUGAAAGCCAGACUCCUGGGAUGGUGUUCUCUCUAUCUUAUGUUUGCAUUUUACUUUCUUUUUCUGUAGCACAAUCUGGUUUCUCAGGGAGUUGAGUAGUCCAAAUCAUAUUAUUCUUCUGAAAUUAUUGUUUGCUGGCAAAGUCCCUGAUCCAGUGAUGUUUGAGCACACAAGAAUUAUGACUGCCAGCUUCUCUGUGUGAGCAUCUUUUAUCUCCCCAUCUCCACAGGCCUAAAAAAAACUAUUGGUGUCAAGCAUAGCUGAUAAUCUGCAACAGUUAGGGUGAAAGGGGUACAUAGAACUCAGGUACCUUCUUCUCAGUUUCCCAGUUAAGUAAGGUCAUCAGGUUGCUCAAAUACACCAGCUUGUCUCCUUUUAUGCAUUUGUCUUGCUGAACUGGAUAAAUACAUGCUGAUGGCCUUGUUUAGUCCUUUCUAAAGUCUUUUGGGAUGUCUUUAUUGAGAUUAUAAUACAGUAAUACAUUAUAAUAUAGUAAGUGACCAGAAUAUUUUUUGCAAAAAUCACAUUCCCCUUCAUAAAAUUAUUACAAUUAACCCUAGUAGCCAUCCACCUAUGGGUUUUCCCACAAAACGAAAAUAACUUACUUCAAAACUAUACAUAUAAUUUGGCUUUAAAAUUCCUUGCUUAUUUUAUGAUUAAUAUCUCAUAUUCAUGUUUGCAGUUUACCUCUGAAGCUAUGUUGCCAUCUUGUAUUUAGUUGCUUUGUGAAGCAAGGAGGAUCUAUUCUGAAUUUUUCAGAGGAUUUUAAAAUAUGUUUUCUGGUUAAAGCACUGGCCUUCAGUACAGAUGAGUCAUAUUAGUCUGCAUCACAUCUCAGAACCCACAACAGCACUGAAAUAAAUUACGUACCUACUCCUAGAGAAAAAGGCAGUUCUACUUAAGUCACAUUGAAAUUGGGAUGAACUUGUUCUACUGAUUUUAAUGGGAUUUAUAUGCCUAAUUUUCACUAGGUUUGGGUUUAUAUGUUUACUUAUCUGUGAUGGAAGACAUAUUCAUAGCGUAUACAGCUAUACUCCAUUACAUCCUGGGGCAUUUUUGCUUUGCUAUAUAUCAAAUGGUCAACACUGCUAUUUUUAAAACCAAUUUAAUUGUUACUCUAGUAUCUAAAGGGGAAUUAACAAAUAACAGCUUUUAGUAUUUGUUUCCUUCUUUUUUAAAAUAUAUUUUCUUUUAUUCUACUUCUGCCCCUGCUGACAGCAUAGCUCUAUCCCUCCUUUCCACUCCACUAUUCACUUGUGAAUCAUCACAACAAGCACAGAAAAGCUACUGCAAAAUGAUAAUUUGUAGUGUUAGUUAGGGUUUCAGUGUCACUAUGAUAAUGCCUCUCCUUUUCACGCCCCUUUCAGCUGCAGAAAGUCUAGAAUCUGUGUUUCCACCAAACAGAAAUUUGGACAUGUGAAGAAUCCUUAUUCUGCUGCAUGGCCAAUUGUACAGCACUUCUGUGUCAAAUAUUACUUUCAUGAACCUGAUGACAAAUAGGGAGGUGUCAUUCAAAUUGCAAGUAAUCAUCUUCAUUUGUAUUCUCUGCAUUAUUGAGAGCAUAGGGUGCAUGAAUUAUGUGAACAACUGAAACACAUCUACAAUAAACUAGAGAGAAAGUAAAAUCUGUCUUUAAUUUAAAUCUAAGACAGUAAAAGAAGAACAUUGUGCCCCCCAGUGUACUAUAAUAACACUGACUUCAAAUGAAGAAAAGAUUCAGGAGAAGUACUAACCGUUCCUAUUUGUGUAUUUAAUCCAGGCUUCUAUUUUGCUUAAAAGAACAUUGUCAUCAUGUUGCUUGUACAUGGGUGUGAUUUAAUGUCAGUCCCCUCUGGACAAAGGAUUUUCAAGGGCUCCCAGUAUGAUUUUUAAGAUGACAAUACCAAUGAUCUGUAAUGCUGUUUGCUGGGGCUUGAGUUUCACUAUGACCACGUUCCCUUUUUCAGCUGCAGAAAAAAGUGUUUGUCUUCAGUAGACAAGUCUUUGGCAUCUGAAGCCCUCUCCCAAGUGGGAAACGAUCAGUAAGAUGCAACUUAGCUAUUCUCUAAAAGUCCUGCAUAUAUCCUGUAUAUUCCAAGUCUUGUAGGACAUCUCAUUUUAUAAUCCAUAUGAAGUUCUUAAAGCCUGUAUCUGGAACUAAGUAAAGAUUUAGCCUGUCCAUCUGCACUAGUAUUCAGCAUAACUUGUUUUCUUGUUUAUUCUGGCAUCUUGUGGUUGUGUCAUGGGGUAAGCAUUCCACAGUUCCCACAAGCAGUUGUUGUCCUGUCUGAAUCCUUCCCCAUCUCCCUUUACAUUUGCUCAGUUACUCUAAUUUUCCAUCACAUUGCACACUGAUCAUAGAAUAUAGUUGAGAUGCCUGAUAGUUUAGUACUGUGUGGCUGUUGUGGUUGGAAACUUGAACCUACACAGGUGGAUAUUUAAGCAACUUCCUGUUUUGCAGUCCCAUACAUUUGUAGCUGCUUUUAGUUUUAUGUCUGUUAGAACAUCAAGAUAACUGCAUCUACCUCAGUAAAAAGUCAUACUCAUUUUGUUGUUGAACACAGCCAUUCAAUUGUUUGCUCUAAACUAAACUGGCUUUUUCGGAAAUUCUAUUCCAUGCUGACUAGAACCUUUUGUAAUUGUUCCCUAAUGUUUGUGAUACUCCACAUGUCUUCUUACCCGGAUUUGGUUUUGCUGAGUUUACUGUUGUAAGAGGAAGGUGAAACAUCUUAGCUUGACCACUAAGCCCCCUUGGUGUGUGAGGCUUUUUAAGCACUGAAGUGGUAGAUUUCUUUUGUUUCAAAAAGAAAAAACUGUGUGCUACUGUAUUGUUAACUGCUUAGUGCUAGUAUGUACUAAUUAUCCUAUACUACCCAUGGAAUCCCAUGUCUAGUUGUCAGUAAGCUACUCCAAAGACAGCUGUCAAACUCUCCCAUUUAAAGAAUGAAGAAGAAUCAAUAGUGAUCCACUUGCUGAAAUAUCUUCUCAGUGUGCCAAAACAUGGCUGAUCCUAAAUUACAUUUUCUGUAUUCACUCUCUAGUUCUUGUAAAUUGUCCCUGGAUGUCGCAACUGUCCCUGAAUCUUAGACACAGAAAUCUAUGGUACCGUCACAGGAAGGCAUUUGCCCAUAUUAUUGCAUCAUUAUCCUGUUGAUCAGCAUAUAAUUACUUAACGUGUUUGGAUAUGAUAUAUGGGGCAGAUUGGUUGUUUACCAACUGGUGUUACCUUGUUCCCCCAUGCGGAGGCCUACUAAGUCAGGUGGCCUUUUGACCUUCUGUGCUUAACAAAAAAAGUGUACAUGAAACCUAAUUGCAUUGUUUCAACGGACUGAAAAUCCAACCAUGGUCCCUUAUUAAGCCAGAUUUUAAAUUUCACACUUGCCACUAACAAUGAAUUGUCUCACUGAGAGAAUUCAGUGUCCAUUCCUGACAUGCCUCACUGCAGAGAAUGCCAAAUGCUCAGAUUCACAUAUCUCCCUUGGGACUGUGGUGGUGGUGGUGGUGAUUGUAGAACUGUUUAUUCUGAGAUCAUGUAAACCUAGACAUUUUAUGAAAUGGGAUCAUCACUUUCCUGAAAGCCUUAAUUCAGAAUUAGUAACUAGUUUAACCUGAUUAAAUAUUUCUACUUGCCACUUCACUGUGAUGUCCAUGUCUCGAGGCCCAUGGAUUGUCACUGGCCUUAAAAGCUAGCCCAAUGUUAGAUAACCAUGGGUCCUACCUGUUACCCAGCUGGGACAAAGGGCAAAGGGUAACAAAUAUUGCAUAACUCUUGGGUGAGGAGGAUAAAGAGAUGGAAGCCCUUACAUGCAACCUGCAUAGCAAGGGUGGGGAAUGUGUUGUCCUCUAGUUAAUGAACUAUAGCUACUAAUACCCCUUAGCACUGCCUGUCUAGUCUACAACUGAUGAGAGUUUUAGUCCAUUAAAACCUGCAGCACCACACAUUCCCUGCUAGUGCUCUGUAGCUCUGUGCAAAGAGUCAUGAAACUGACACAGGUUCCACGUACUCCCUGUUAGACUACAGGAACUAACCUCUUUAAUGUUAUGAAAGAAUGCUAUACAUUUAGCCUCCAUAGCAUACCUCUGGCUUAAGUACAGCACUACUGCAGGGACUGUCUACCAUUGGAGUAUUUGUCCCGUGUGAACAGGCAAAUAGCAAAUGACAAAGCUGAUGUUUAAAAUAUAUAUAUCAGAACAUGAAUGGCUGUGUGAAUAGUCUGUAUCACUCCCAGUGUACGUAUUGAAAAGCCAGGAAGUUUGUAUUUGUGGUAUUGUCCUUGUGUGUUUGUACUACUAAUUAUUUACCUCACAUUAAAUUUGCUAAGGCUGCACAGUGGAUCUGUGGGCAUUCCCACAUCUCUGAUCCAGCCUUUCUUCACUGGGACACACUAGUUCUCAAUUCCAGAAUGAAACAAAAACAUGGUUGUUCAUGCGCUACCUUUUAAAGCACUUUUUCUUAUCUGAAAAUGUCUCUUUCAGGAGAAGAUGACAUAAAGUGGCCUUCAAAGAGAGAGGGAACUGAGAGUUUUUAUUGCCCUUUAGAAAGAAAAAAGCAGAGCAGGCCACCAUCUACCUCAGGGCCACAGACUCUGCACCCCCAUCAUCUUCAGGGGAAAAUACCUUGCUCCAGUGAUGCAAGGACAGUGGUACCAAAUGUAUUCUUACAAGCUGCUUUUAGCCUAGCUCGCUCGGCACAUAAAGGAACUGAUGUGGGGGUGUGAUAAUAUUCUGAAAUGUCCUUGAAGUCAGCUGCAAAUGCAACAGAAACCCAGAUGUCACAGCCAUAAAGGUGAUGUUAAUUCUUAAUCUGUUUUAUCUCCCUCUUGUUUCAAAUUUUUCCUGAAGCCACAGGCUUCCUGAGUAUGUUCCUUCUUCAUCUAAUUGGCUUUGAGAUAUUGAUACUCAGGCAGAUAUUUGAAUCCUCUCUCUUCCAUGCAGCUAGAGGCAAAACAAGUCUAUUGCCACAAAUGAUUGGUGUUUUCUCUUUUCCGUAACUGAAGGGGGGAGGUUCAGCUGGAGCUGUUCAUAUGCUGAAAGGUGUAUUUGUUCAUAUGUUUUGAGGAUGAAGGCAUACCACAGUUUUAGAGUAGGGAAGCAGUGUGGUAGUUGCCCCCAUUACAUUCAGUACAUACAUAGCUCUUCGUCUUCUGACUAAACUCUGAAGAAGUGGUUCUGUAAUUAAAUUUGAAGCAAGAAACCAUUUGCAGAGUAUGCUGAUUGUUUAGGUGAGUGAUGCUGCACACUUAUCAACAUGCAUGUGUCCAUGCAGAAAGACACCAGUUUCCAAGACAGUUUUACAACUAGUAUUAAAUGUUUGUGUUUUUUAGAAGAUAAGGAAGAAAGGCUGUUUCCAUGUUUGCCAUAUUUUCUUACUUUUUUUCUUUUCUUCUUCUUCUUUUUAAUAUUCUUUUCCCUGAAGCAUCAGAAGGGGGCAAGACUGACGACAGGCAAUAUUUAAUUCACGGAUUCAUGUGUCUGUUAUGUAUGUUGCAAAAUUGGGCUUAUGCUGUUGUGAAGAACCUGUUAUACCUACUCACAAAUACUGUAUCUGCCUUCAAUUCACAUGCCUCUUUCUGUGUGUGUAUAUAUGUGUGUACAUACAUACAUAAUUGGAGGGAUCCUUGGAGUCUGGGAAUUCUGCAUGUCCAGUUGUGAUUACAGUGUAGAACAAUGAGAGAACAGAAGUCACUCAUAAAGUAUAUUAGGCAAAAACAAAAGAAAAAUAAAGACAAAAACACUGGCACUGUAAUGGCAUCAGACUCAUGUAGAACAGGUAAUGUCUGGUUUCCACUUUCACCUGCCUUUACACAUGUGUAUUUUGAAAAGUCAAAAAGUUCAAAACAAUGUUCUAAUUGAGCAUCCUAUAGAAGAAUUGUGUUCCAAUGUAGUACAAGUACAGCACAAAACAUUAUUAGUCCUUUAUGGCAGCAUUGCCAGUUCUGUUACUUUUCUGUAUUCAGUGCCUCAGUCUUGCUAUGUGAAGGAGAUGUUUCCUGCAGAAUUUAAAUUGGUUUGGACAGCAUUAACAUAUGCUUCUCAAUAAAACAGCACAAUAAAAUAAUAAAUUAUGUGUCAUGACUCUGCAGAGUGAAAGGUAAUUUUUUACAUUAUAAAAAUGAGAGCAGUUCUUACUAAAUGGAACACUUUCACUGAGUAGGCUAGUUCAAUGCUGCUUAAGAUAGUGCAUCACUGGUGUGACACAGAAGUGGAUUGUUUUAAGGGGUGCUGUUGUGAUGUGCAUAUUCUCAGAGGGUGGGACCUUCUCAAAACACCUGUUAAAAUUAUGUAAAACAUUUAUCAGUGUUUGGGGAACUUUUUAACCCCUACUUGUGUCAAAAUAUGAAAAAAAUAAAAUCUGACUUUUUUCCACCA